AUGAUUUUAUAUCAAAAUAACAUUUUAAAUAAGUUAUGGAGGAAGAAGCAGUCAGAUGUGAUGAGAACCCUCCUCAGAGUCAGGACGUGGGAAUACAGACAACUUCCAGCUCUCCAUCGUGUUUCAAAACCUACUAGACCUGAUAAGGCAAGGAGACUUGGAUAUAAAGCCAAACAAGGAUUUGUUAUAUACAGAGUCAGAGUAAGACGUGGUGAUCGCAAGAAAAACGUCGCAAACGGAAUUGUUUAUGGAAAACCAAAACAUCAAGGUAUCCGUAAACAGAAGUCAAAGAGAAACUUGCGCAGCGUAGCAGAAGAAAGAGUAGGAAGACAUUGUGGAGGUCUUAGAGUAUUAAACAGCUAUUGGGUAGGACAAGAUGAAGUAUAUAAGUUUUAUGAAGUUGUUCUAGUAGAUCCAGCACAUAACGCUGUUAGAAAUAACCCUAGAUUGAACUACAUCUGUAAAGCAGUACACAAACAUAGGGAAAUGAGAGGAUUGACUUCUGCAGGAAAGAAAUACCGCGGCCUUCGCGUCAAGGGACCAAGAGCCUCCAAGUCUAGACCUUCUGUUAGAGCUAACUGGAGAAGAAGGCAACUACAACUUUUAUGGAGAAAAAGAUAA